CACUUCUCCGGCAGCCGGGAGCAGCUGCUGGCGCGGCCCCACGUCCUGGCCGAGGCGCCCCGCCACCGCUUCACCGUGGAGGUGUGGGCCAAGCCCGAGGGCGGGCAGAGCGACCCGGCGGUGCUCGCAGGUGUGUUUGACAAUUGCUCCCAUUCAGUCAGCAACAAGGGCUGGGCCCUGGGAAUUCACUUGUGGCAGCACCUAGGGAAGAAAGAUGCCCGCUUCUUUUUCUCUCUCAGGACAGACCGAAUGAAGAGAGUCACUGUAGUUUCUGGGUACCACCGAUAUCGACCCAACACCUGGACCCACGUGGCUGCUACCUACGAUGGGCAGUGGAUGACUCUGUACCUGGAUGGGGUGCGGGUGGGCAGAAAUGACCAGCAAGCAGGUGCCUUGCACAGUGCCUUCAUGGCCUCCUGCCGCACCUUGAUUCUCGGUGGGGACACUUCUGAGGAUGGGCACAACUUCCGUGGACACCUCAUGUCCCUGGCUCUCUGGAACAUAGCCCUGCCCCAGGACAGGCUGCAGCGUGGCUUCUUACAGGUGACUGAGGGUGGGGAUGCUGCCUUGGUGCUCAGCACUAGCUUUGCCCGCCUGGAGGAGCAGUGGGCAACAUUCAAAGAUGGGGGUUACCCUCUGCUUGAGAACCUCCCAAUGCCGGAACCUGAUGUUCUCUUUCCACUAGCACCCCCUGAAUGUGGGCAAACGGUCUGUGACAAUGUGGAGUUGAUCUCCUACUACAACAGGCAUUGGCCACUGCGCAGUGAGAAGGUGGUCCGCUACCGCGUGGUCAACAUCCACGAUGACCACGGGCUCCAACCUACCGUCAGCCGGGAGCAGAUCUCACGUCAGCACCAGGCCCUGAGUGAAGCCUUCAGUCGUUACAACAUCACCUGGCAGCUGACUCUCCAUGAGGUCUACAACUCCUCGUUGCGCCACCGCACGGUCCUAGUCAACUGUGAGCCCAGCAAGAUCGGCAAUGACCACUGUGACCCUGAGUGCGAGCACCCUCUGACUGGUUAUGAUGGGGGUGACUGUCGCCUGCAAGGGCGUUGCUUCUCCUGGAAGAGGCGGGAUGGUAUCUGCCACAUGGAGUGCAACAACAUGCUCGAUGACUUUGAUGAUGGAGACUGCUGUGACCCCCAGGUGACUGAUGUCAGGAAGACCUGCUUUGACCCUGACUCACCUGAACGGGCCUACAUGAGUGUGAAGGAGCUGAAGGAGGCGCUGCAGUUGAACAGCACACACUUCCUCAAUGUCUACUUUGCCAGUUCAGUACGGGAGGAGCUGGCUGGUGCCGCCACCUGGCCAUGGGAUAAAGAAGCCCUCAGCCACCUGGGUGGCGUGGUCCUCAAUCCAUCUUAUUAUGGCAUGCCUGGCCAUACCAACACCAUGGUCCAUGAAGUGGGCCAUGUUCUGGGGCUCUACCACGUCUUUAAGGGAGUGAGUGAGAGGGAAUCUUGUGAUGAUCCCUGCAGGGAAAUUGCACCUUCCAUGGAGACAGGAGAUCUCUGCGCUGACACAGCCCCUACCCCGAAAAGUAAACUCUGCCAUGAUCCAGAGCCUAGCAACGACACCUGUGGCCAAGCUUAUUUCUCUGGAACCCCAUUCAACAACUACAUGAGCUACACAGAUGAUGACUGUACUGACAGCUUCACCCCAAACCAGGUGGCUCGGAUGCACUGCUAUUUGGAUCUGGUGUAUCAGCAAUGGAGCCAGAGCAGAAAGCCCACUCCAAUCCCCAUGCCUCCAAUGGUCAUUGGUCAGAAUCAAGACUCCCUCACAGUGUACUGGUUGCCUCCCAUUAGUGGCAUUCUCUAUGAAAGAGAGCCUGGCACCCUCUGUGGAGACUGUGCUGAAGAUGGGACUUUCAGCCAGUAUGUACAUGAGGCCUCUUCCCCUCGGGUCUGUGACUCCUCCGGAUACUGGACCCCAGAGGAGGCAGUAGGGCCUCCAGAUGUGGAUCAGCCCUGUGAGCCCAGCUUGCAAGCCUGGAGCCCAGAGCUCCACCUGUAUCAUAUGAACAUGACUGUCCCUUGCCCUCAGCCUUAUGGCUGUAUCCUGGAGCUGCAUUUCCUGCAUCCUGUUUACCCAGAUUCACUUAUGCUCUGGACCACAUACCUCUCCACAGACUCACCCAAGGCUCUCUCCAACAUUGAAAUCUUGACGGAGCAUGGGGAAUCCAUCCCCUUGGGACCCCUGGACACCUUCUGUGACAUCCCUCUUACCAUUAAGCUCAACAUCAACAAGAAGGUAUCUGGGGUAAAGGUCUAUACCUUUGAUGAAAGAAUGGAGAUAGAUGCUGCUCUCUUAACCUCCGUGCCUCAGAGCCCUCUCUGCUCCAACUGCAAGCCUAUACGGUACCGGGUCCUUCGGGACCCACCAUUUGCUAAUGGGUCCCCCAUUGCAGGGAUACAGAUGCACCGAAAGUUCACUGACACGGAAGUCACACCAGGUGAACUGUACCGCUACCAGAUCCAGGGGGUGGCCGGGACAGCCAUGGGAGAACCCUCACCACCAUUAAUCCACAUUCAUGGUGCUCCUUAUUGUGGAGAUGGAAAAGUGACCAUGAGCAUGGAUGAGGAAUGUGAUGGUGGGGAUCUGUUGGAUGGAGAUGGCUGCUCUAGGACAUGCAAAAAGGAAAAGGGCUUCAACUGUGUUGGAGAGCCGAGCCUGUGUUAUGUCCAUGAUGGUGAUGGAGAGUGUGAGCCUUUUGAGAGAAGAAGCAGUAUCCUGGACUGUGGCCUUUACACUCCCAAAGGAUACGUGGAUCAGUGGGCAACACAGGCCUUUGCCUCCCACCAAGAUGAGAAGUCAUGCCCUGUUUCCAUAGUGACCGGAGAGCCUAUUGUGAAGGUAUGCAAAUCUCACCUUCAAGAUCUGCUGGAGAGUCACUCCCUUGCUGCUUGGUUCCCCUGCGCCCCUAACCAAGAGGAUAUGCAGAAUGAAAAUGGAGAGAAAAUGCUCUUUGAUGAUGAGAGAGUUUGGCUCAAAGUGUGCUUUGACAGACCCGGAGUGGCUACCUCAGUCUUUGUUUUCCUGGCCUCUGAUGGCAUCAUCCCAGGUGACCAACACAAACUGACUGUGACUGUCCACCUGAGUGAUGUGAGUGGGCACAAUCACUCUCUGGGAACACAUGAGCUCUCUUGUCAGAGGAACCCGUUGGUCAUCAGUGUGACUCACAACCCAGGUUCCCUUCCCUAUCGUGUUGCCUCAGUGCUGCUCAAUUUCUCCUCCCCCUUAGUGGGUAUCUCGGCAGUUGCCAUGAGGACAUCCUCCUCCUCCAGCACUUCCAUUCCAAACACUUGCCUCCUGGAGCACGAGGGACAUGGCUGUCAGAGACACAGCAGUACCCAGAGUACCAGUGGGGAGCACAGCAGCUGCCUGCCACUGCAGCUCGAUCAUGCCGCCAUCGUGAACUGCACAUCCAGUGCCCCGGGACAUAUGAAGUGUGCUGUUACCUGUGAAAUGGGAUUUGCCCUCCAUUCCAGCAGUGGAAAGGGUUUGAGUCCCAUGCAGAAAGAGGUUCUGCUGACAUGUAACUCGGGACAGUGGGACAGAUCUGUGACCUGUGAUCCUGUUGGCUGCGGAGUUCCUGACCAAUCGCUUGUGUACUAUGCUGAGUUUUCCUGCCCUGAAGGGACCACAUACCUGAAGCAAUGCUCCUUCUCCUGCGUCAAGCCAGCUAAGCUUCAAGGAAUGAGUCAAUGGCUGACCUGCCUUGAGGAUGGACUCUGGUCACUCCCAGAAGCCUACUGCAAGCUGGAAUGUGAUGCUCCUCAUGUAGCUGCCAAUGCCAAGCUGCUGGUCAAUCGAUGCCUGCAAGGGAACCAUGAUGUUGGUUCUGUCUGCCGCUAUAGGUGUAAACCUGGAUACCACGUGGCAGGGAGCAUGGCAGGCAAACCCAGGAAGAAGCUCCUGAAGAUUCAGUGCCUGGAAAGUGGAGUCUGGGAGGAAGGCAGCUGUGUUCCUGUGCUGUGUGAACCACCCCCUCCUGUUUUUGAGGGGAUGUAUGACUGUACCAAUGGUUUUGAGCUGGACAGCCAAUGUGUGCUCAACUGCAGCCCCCAGAAUAAAAGGGUUCCCAUCCUGUGCACCAAAGAAGGCUUAUGGACAGAGGAGUUCAAACUGUGUGAGAAUCUGCAAGGGAAUUGUCCGCCACCCCCAGAGCUGAAUUUUGUGGAGUACAAGUGUGAACAAGGGUAUGGAAUCGGUGCUGUGUGUACACCAUCCUGUAUAAUUCCCCCCAGCGACCCAGUAAUCCUGCCCGAAAAUGUUACUGCUGACACUAUGGACUACCGACUGGAACCUCCCAAAAUCCAGAAUAUUGUGUGCACUGGCAGGUUGCGAUGGUAUCCAGACCCAACAGUCAUUCACUGCAUCCAGUCAUGCGAGCCUUUCCAAGCAGACGGCUGGUGUGACACCAUCAAUAACAGGGCAUAUUGCCAGUAUGACGGGGGUGACUGCUGCUCUUCCACACUCUCCUCCAGGAAGGUGAUCCCAUUUGCUGCUGACUGUGACCAAGAUGAGUGUACCUGCCGGGACCCAGCAGCUGAAGAGAAUCAGUAACAGCAUCAUGAGUGGCCUCUGUGGGCGAGGCGAGCUUAAGAGGAAUCAAUGGGAAACAACCGGAGUAUCAGGAGGGUGAAAGGGGCUUGUAAGAAGAAAGAGGAAGUUUGGGAGGAAGAGACUGGAUGGGGUCAUAAUAACAACCAGGAUACCCUCUGCCUUGUGGGCACACACGAGAGGAGCGGUGUGAGCACUGAUGGAAGUGGAGGAACGAGCAAGGAGAUGGUUAAAUGAGAGUGGGAGGAUAAAGAGGCUCAACACACAGCUACAGCCCCUGCCCUUCCCAUCACCUCCUUUCAGAACAGAAACCCAAGCCAGGGGCCUGAUCCAAAGCCCAGUGAACUCAACACGGAGGCUUUCCAUGACUUCAGCGGGCUUUGGAACAGGCUUUGAGCAAAACAGAUGAGAAGCUGCUGCGGACACUUUGUUACAUUACUGUAUCAAUGGUUCGCCACCUAUGAGUGUGUGUCCGCUGCUGCUCUGAAUUUUGUCACUACUCACUUCCUCUACUGUAUAGGCUUCUUUUAGCAAGGUCGAGAUAGUUGUGAUCUCUUUGCAAAUAUUUAAACAUAAUUCUAUAUAUAAAUAUAUAUAUUAUAUAUAUAUAUUUUUUUGCUGUUUAUGAAGCUGAGAAAGAAUACCCUUUGUCGCACACAUGCUGCUGUGAAAUACAAACCAUUGGAAAAAGCAAGGGUCGGGAAUGGGAGGGAAAGGAAUAUCUCAUUUUCCUGGGAGGGAGCGGGAAAUAGAAAAAAGAGUGGGCAAACAGGUCUUUACUUCUAGAAAGAGAUGCCACCCAAGUGAUCUGAAGUUGGAAGCAAAUCCUGGAUACUGAGCACCUACAAAUCCUAGCCUCCAGUGACAUUUGCAGGUGCUUAUCUUCACUCAGGAUUAGCCCUAAUGUAUUAUUUGAGAUGCAAGUUUUCUUUGAUACCUUCACUAAACACUACAGCUGACCAUCAUUUUAUUAUGCUAUGGUUACUUUACCAUACAAUAGUGCUGUCAUGCCAGGAUAUGCAAGGCUGGCCCACUAUUCUACAAUACUGUCAUAUAAGCAAUCUGGAGCUACAUCAUCAUCAUCAUCCCAGUUAUUUCUUUCUUCACUGUCUGCCUC